AUGGCGAAGCUCACAGAUCUCCCUACAGAAUUACUGCAAAUGAUUGCAACUGCAAGAGAUGACCGCACUCCCUGGGAAAUACUAAAAGAGGAGGACCUAGCCAGACUAUCUGUAGUCAAUCGACAGCUACAUAAAGCAAUAAAUGGCAUAUUCUUCUCUUACGGCAUUCACAACGGAAGCAACCCCCCCUCUUAUGCUGCACAAUAUGGCAAUCUUCAUAUUUUAAAGGCCAUGGUCGCAUUCCGUAUCGAACCUAUAUCUUGGCAUUACAUAUUACUGGAGGCUUGUGUAUACGAUCACCUCAAUAUUGUUGCCUGGAUACUAGACCGCGGUAUCAAACUAGAGGAUCUCGGCCUCACAGUGAAUACCGAUUCACACCACCUGUUUAAUCCGUGGGUGAGAUCUUAUAGGCGUCGGUGGAUGCCUUAUGGGGGGUAUAAGCUUCCCUCUCUUCAGAAAGGAUGCGUCGCCUUGAAGGUUGCAAUCGGCAACGGAAACCAGGAUAUGGCUCUACUCUUAUUAUCGCAUGGCUCCAAUCCUUUUUUUGUCACAAAAGAAGGCAAAUCUAUAUCAGCAUUACACGAGGCUGCGGGUGCCAAUAUGGUCCAAGUUGUGGAGUAUCUAAUACAAGAAGCAGGGCUACCUGUUGAUCUACCUGAUUAUCGCGGAUUUACUCCCUUGCGUUACGCAAUAAAAUAUUCACAGAAUCGAGAUCUGGACACCGAGAUGCUGGAGAAGCUGAUAGAGCUUGGGGCAAAUAUCAAUAGUGAAGCUAGUGGUGAGCUCCCACUUACGUCGGCACUGUCGAGGGCAAAAUAUAAGCAUGCAUCUAUGUUGCUUGAUGCUGGGUCGAAAGUUGUACCGGACCAGCCAUUCCCAAGAGUCAGGUUCCCCAUACAUGCCUUGAUAUACGGCUCGAAAGGGGUCGCAUACAAGUGUCCGAGACAGAUUGCUCUACUCCAUAGGCUUGUCGACACUGGUGCUGACCUACAAAAGAAAUACAUAUGGGGCCAUACACCAUUGAGGGAGGCAUUGUUAAACGGAAGCGAGAGUCUAUUGUCAUAUCUUCUACAUAUACUUGGUGAAGAGCAACCACAUCCGGAUGAUCUUCUAGACGUAUUAGUAUGGGCUUAUGAGCGUGUACACCAUUUCCCCAAGAAGGUGGAAGUUGUACUGAAAUGGGGGGCCAGAAUGGACACCAUUUUAAGUAAUGGUGAAUCAUUCCUCUACUGGGCAAUCCGUAACAACACUAUCAAAACCUACUUCUUGGACAAGCUCUUAACAAAAGCGACCGAUGCUAUGCUUGACCGCAGCUAUCUCGAUGACCUUCUUGUAGAGCUCACCAGCCCCGUUUGCAGCACGACCGACUCGUAUCAAUUCUUACAGAUUCUCGGCGAGCAUAGUGCUAGACUCAAAAGCCCCGAUCACCUGUACGAUGUCUCCUUACAUGUUAUAAACAUUUCUUGGACGGUGCAGGACUGGUUAAUUGCGGGAUUUGAUAUUUUACCGGCCGAGAAGCUGCACCGUCUAUUUCUCCUCGCUCUGGAAAAGCGCGAAAAACUAAUCCCCUACGAGUUACUCGACCGUAUUGAGCCGAAUAUUUCGGAGCUGGACCCCGAGUGGUUACAUGAAGCUGCUAAAUAUUGUCACUUCGGCAUUAUCACUAGGCUCUUAAGGUACUCUAAGAGUUCCGAUUUGAAUGCUGUGCAAAAGUCAACUACAGUCUUGGCAAGGUUAAUAUACCACGACAGUUACGAAUGUGCUCUUGAGGUGAUGGAACACGGCGCUGAUCCAAUUUUACCUACCAAUCAUCCAGUCUGUGAUGGUGGGCAAUUUCCACCUCCAUAUGGAAUAUGUCCAGGAGCAUCAGCUUUCGAGAUAGGAUUACAUGAAGGUAUCCCCCUCGAAAUCAUCCAGAAGAUGUGGCAGAAGAUUGCUCCUGAGGCCCGACCUGACCCGGGGCUAUUUAUCCCAUGUGUCUACAAUGGAGAAGAUAAAGAAGACCGUCACAGUGAAGUGGUCGCGUGGUUGAAACAAGUCAGAGUGAAGGAUGAUGGAUAACUCAAGAUAAGGGGGUGGUUCAGGAGGCUUGAUAAACAUGGAAGAUGCAUCGAGAGGCGCCUGAUGGCUGCAAGUGUAAAGUCUUUUAAUACCUAUAGACGAAAAUGAAUUAGGCCAGUACCAGAGGCGCGAAGCUACCAUACCGAUUACAUAGAAGUAAAAGCUUAGCAAGCAAAUUCUCC